UACUACACUUCUACAGUAAAAAUCCCAAGGAGAUUGUAUGAUCGUGGACUAAACUAAAGUACGCCGCAAUUGUACCAGUCAGUGUGUUGCCUGCCUGUCAUCCCCUGUGUCAGAGAUGGCUGCCUCCAUGCCCCUGUUCCUCUCCGCCAUCAUGAUCCUCAGCAUCUCCUCGUAUGUGCUCCACAAGAGGCUGCUGGCUCAGAUAGGGACCGCUCAUCAAUACCAACUCAGGAACCUCACCAUUCUGCUGUGGCACUGGCCCUUCAGCCGCCCCUACAGCCUGGAGGGAGACGUGUGCAGCAAUGAGUACGGUAUCCCAGGCUGCCUCCUCAGUGACAACACCUCCCUGUACCCUCAGGCAGACAUUGUGGUCUUCCACCACCAUGAGCUGAGGACGGGCCGCUCCACCCUUCCUCUCCACCUCCCCCGGCCGGCCUCCCAGCGCUGGCUCUGGCUCUCCCUGGAGCCCCCGGUGAACAACGGAAACCUGACCCAGUACAAAGGACUGUUCAACUGGACCAUGAGCUACCGAGCGGACGCUGACGUACCCAUGCCCUAUGGGAAGAUGGUGGAAGUUCUGGUUCCACCAAACAGCAACAGCAGCAGCUAUGUGAUCCCUAAGAAAGGGGCUUGCCUAGCCAGCUGGGUGGUCAGCAACUACAGGCCUGACCAUGCCAGGAGUCAAGUCUACCAGAGCCUGAGGAAGUACAUUCCUAUAGAGGUGUAUGGACGCUGGCUAAAGAGGCCACUGACAGACCAAAGUCUGAUACCCACCAUUGGCCGCUGUAACUUCUACCUGGCAUUUGAGAAUUCAGUGGCCAUAGACUACAUCACUGAGAAGCUGUGGAGGAAUGCCUACCUAGCAGGGGCAGUACCCGUGGUUCUGGGGCCCUCUCGGGCUAACUAUGAGGCCUUUGUGCCCUCAGGCUCGUUCAUCCAUGUCAGUGACUUCAGCAGCACAGAGCGUCUGGCUGCCUUCCUACAGCAGCUGGCCACAGACAGAGGGCGCUAUGAGGCUUACUUCAAGUGGCGUCAGACCCAUGAAAUCAAGACAUACACAGACUGGAGAGAGAGGCUCUGUAAUAUCUGUAUCAACUAUCACAGACUGCCAGCUAACAAGGUGUACUAUGAUCUGGAGGGAUGGGCCAAUAGAUAACACUCAAAAGCUGCUUUUACUGUAGGUUAUUUGGUAUCUUUGUUUUAGCCUAAUAUGUUCAACAACUUAUGCUGUGCUGUACUUACAACAGGGCCAGUUUGUUCACAUGCAAAAGGACACGGGUGAAACGUGAAAUACAUUCAUUUAUGCAUUGUGGUGAUGGUGUGUGACUUUCACAUCCAUAACAGACUGAUGACAUUACAACAUUGCCUUUUGGUCCCCAAUGCAGAAACACCACAGAGAAAUCACAACUUCAGUUAAAAAAGGGAAGAGGAAGUAUGAAUGUGUACCCACAGUGUCCAAUCACAUGUAAGGUCCAAUUGACUACAUUCCAGCCUUUACAAGACCGAGAAUAACCACAAAUAAGGACAUUACACAACCCUGUGGGCUGGCUCAUAAUGCUAUUUCAAUUGCACAAGGAAAUGUCCUUCCCAGCAGUAAUAUUGAGGGUAAGCUUUCAAUGAUUUUUUUCUCUCAGUAUUUGGCUACUCAUAAUACUCUAUAGUACAGUUCAUACCCUUCAUAGGCAGUUGAUGAAUGUCCUCCAUCUCACUCGGUUCAGGGCAAGUUUUUCCAGGUCACACCAGUUGAGGCCGCUCUCAGUCAUUUCUGCCUGGAUCUCUCUCCUCCGAGUGUUUCUGGGUUGACCACAAACCAUAAACAAAGUCCCUGUACCAAUUCUUAAUCUAAACAAUCCCUCUCAGAGAGAUUACUGUGCAUUGAAAGUCCUGCAUGUCACUCAACUGAACCGUACUCCUCUGUAACCUAAUGUAACUUUACGACUAAUAGUGAUGCAUAUGAUUUAAUUUAUAGUGUCAAUGCAGAUUACACACCAAGGUUGCGUCCUAUACCCUACAUAGUGCAUUUUAUAGGGAAUAGGGUGUCAUUUCAGAUGCAAAAACAGUUUCUGGUACAGAUACUGAGGGGAUGUUGCUUUAUAAUAUCUUUAUCUAUGGAUUCAGGGUACAAUCCACCAAUAACAGAUCAACAUGCAAUAACAGCUCUGGCCACCAGAGUUCAUGAUUACCUAAAAACUGAAUAAACUUAUAACGAUAUGCUUUAUACAUUUCUUAUGAGUUUAGAGUACCUUAUUACUUGUUUUAAAGGCUAGAUCAGCUAUUAACAUAUAUCUCCUGAGAUCCAAGACAGUUGUUUGCAUAACAUCUUUCUGGUUGAUUUUCAUUUUAUAAUACUCUUCACUUGAAGCUUUAAAUCAGCUUGCAACAAUAUUGUCUAUCAUAUAUAUUUUUUUUAACAGCACAGCAGACCAUGUUGCAGUGAAGAUAAUAUUCAUAUUUAUUUUCCAUGUUCAUCUCUGAUAUGUCUUCAUGCGUCAUGUCCAGCAAUCCCAGUAGCAGUAAGAGAGGUUGGUCAUCUCUCAGGGUUGAUGUGUUAAUUCAUCUGCUGUGUCCAGUUAUUUAGAGAGGGCGGUUUUACUGUAUAAAAGGGCAGUCACUAACCACUCCUGGAGAUUCAUAACCAUCCACAUUCAUGAGAGAAAGCAAAGAGCAUCUUUCAAUCCAUCAAACGAAGAUGUCUGGAAAACCUGGGAAUUUUGCGACAGUUAUUUGCAUUUUGUAACCCUAGGGGACAGUACUGAUGUAGGUAUAUGGUAACAGUCAAAGAAGGUUUAGGUAUGAAGUUAAUCUUAACCAGUAAUCUAGGGCUACAUCAAUGAAUGGGUCCAUUCUACGAGUCCAAUACUCUUUCUGUCUCACAUACGUUAUUCUUGAGGCCCAAAAAGGCAAAUAAAAUCAUCUGCACCCAAACAGCAUCACAUUACUGUAUGUCUGACCACUUCCUUGUUCUUCAGAGAGAGUUGAGGCAGAGUUAUGGGAACAGUUAAAGGAAAAUUCCACCUAAAAACUCUCUUUUGUUAUUCUUUUCAUUAGUCCAUGGUUGAUAUAGUCCCAAAAUGUUUUGUAUGUCAGCAAUCAAGAUAUAUAGCCGGUAUGAUGCAUCAUAUGAUGCUCAAUGCAUCAUACCGGCUGUAUUUAUGCAUUUUGAAAGUUAUACAUCUUGAAAACUUGAUUGCUGACAUGCAAGACAUUUAGGGACUAUAUCAUCCAUGGACUAAUGAACAGAAUAACAAAAAGAGAGUUUUUGGGUGGAGUUGUCCUUUAAGUAAAUAGAAGAGGUAAUGUCACGCUUUCCUGAGAGAUAACCACAGUAGGCAACUUCUGAACAGACUCUAGUGUGCGUCCCAAAGGGCACACCCUAUUCCCUAUAUAGUGCACUACUUUUGACCACAAACUAUAGUGCUUUCGUCAAAGCAAUACCCUAUAUAAGGAAUAGGGUGCCAUUUUGAAUGCACAUUAGGCUAAAGAAAAAAAAUGUUUCUUUGACACAGCAAUCAGAAAUGUAUAAUAAUAAUAAUAAUAAGUGUACAAAUACAUAAUUAGAGCCAGGUUGCCAUCUCUCUGUACAGUACACAUCAGUGGCUAUUUACAUAAAUAACAUCACAAAUCAUGUGACAAGCCAUGUGUUUGUUUGAUACUGUAUAUUCAGUGCUUGACUUGGACUGAAAUAUGUUCCGGUACUGUUUAUAUUUAGGUGCAGGAGCUCCACAAUACUUUGGAGUUAAUAUUGUAUUUAAUAGGAACAGGAGCUCAAGCAGUAGAAACUUUGAGGUGCCAGUACUCAGCUCCGGUACUCAGCUCCGGUGAGCUCCUGCCCAAGUCAAGCACUGUGUACAUGUAUGUACAUAAUGGGGUUGCUCUGUUUCAGAGUUCUGUAAAGAAGUUCCAAAUUCCUUUGAAAUCAUUCAAGUUAUUUAAAUAUCAUCAUAAGCAAGUUUACACAAGAAACCUGUAAGGAUCAUAAAUGCAUAUAGACUUUUAUCCCUUUUUCAGCAGAGCACAGCGUCAAGUCAUGCAUAGAGGGAUCAUAGAUACUGAGAAUAUAAUGGCUACGUAACAGAGCUUAAAGGUUUACCAUACAUACUGCAUGUGUAUUUAUGAAACAUUAAAAUCACGUUUGUAUCUAAAAAAAAAAAAAUACCACAAUUUAACAAAUGCAACUUUUUGGCAAUGAAGAAAGUCAAAGAUGAGUUGAUUCAGAUAUCUAGAAUGCAUAAUUAAUGGUACCAUAUUCCCUAUAUACUGUAGUGCACUACUUUUGACCAUGGUCUAUAAGGCGCUGGCCAAAACUAGUGCACUAUAUAGGCAAUAGGGUGCUAUUUGGGACACAGAUAUUUAGUCUGGCCAAUGAUUACUGUUGACAGCUUCAUCAAUUGUAAUAUACCCACCAUGCUCCAUCUCUGUUUCAAAGGCGUGGCCUAAUGUCUGCAGUUCCAUAAUGAUUUCUAGGACCAGUUCUCCAGACCCAGAAUAAACCUAUUCCUCAAUUUAAUUUUCAACAGAGAUUAUCCAUGCUUUUCAGUCCUGGAGUAGGCUUGAACUUGGUCUGAGUCAUACUGCAGUCUAUGAUUUAGGAAACGUGUAUCUGGAUUGGUGAUUCAAUUUCCCAUUCUGUCUCUCACAUAAUCUCCCUUUUCAUUAUUACUAAAGGUUUUGUGGUUUGGACAUUGGCCUGUACAUUUCACUGUAAAUCAUGGUCUGUGUAACAUUCAAAAGUAUGACGCAAGUAUCAAAGUUAUUCUUCACAGAUUGUGUAAUGUAAUAAAUCAUACACCCACAGGCCCAUAACAUAUUUAUUUUUUCACUGUAGUUCUUCCCUGCUCUCUUCCUGAACCUGUCUGUCGGUAUCUGUCGUAUGAAGCAGGGUAGUAUUCAUUAGUGCACACCGUACCAUAACAUCUUCCAACGGAACAUGAAAUCAAACAUUUCUUGUUGAAAAGUUCAGGUAUAGAAUCUUGCAGAACAUGGAAAAUUUGACCCAUCAUCAUACACAUAAAUCUCUCAGUCAGUUAGUUGGUUGUGCAAGUGUUUGACAGAAAUAUUACAGAAUCAAAUCCACAAGAGAUAACAGAGUUAACAUAUAACAAAACAAGGCAUGGUUAUGAUAGGCCAGACGGAAAGCUUAAAGAUCAUGUAGGUUUUCUGAGAGUGUGAGACGUCAUUGGUCCCAGAUUUCAGUCUGUUUCAAGAGGAGAUUCACGUCAGUCAGUCAUUCAGAUAUAAUGUCCAUACAGUCC